AGACCGGUGCUACUCAUGAAGGUGUUCGUCACCCGCAGGAUACCCCCCGAGGGCAGGGCCGCGCUCGCCCAGGCGGCAGAAUAGGAAGAGGAUGCAACCCCGCCUCAGCAGCCAGUUCUAGGGGCAGAUGAGAUUUUCACAUUUUGUUCACUGCAACAAAACCUUUGCCAAGGACCCACUUUGUAGAGCAGAAGGUGGAAGGCAGCAGCCGCACUCGUGCUGUGAGGUGGAGCAGUGGGACUCGGAUGAGCCCAUCCCCGUCAAGGAGCUGGCGCGAGGUGUGGCGGGGGCCCACGGCCUGCUCUGCCUCCUCUCCGACCGUGUGGACAAGAGGAUCCUGGAUGCCGCAGCAAGACCCUGGCCAUUCUGGGCCUGUGCGUCGUGUGAGGGAGGACCCAGCUCAGCGCCGAGCUCCAGCGGGAUGUCCUCCCCCAGCCGCAGCCAUGGCUCUCAGCCCGUGGAAGGAUCAGCCUCCCCCUGCGAGGCUGUUGUGACAGUUUUGAGAAAAGGGGCCAAUCUCAAAGUCAUCAGCACCCUGUCCGUGGGCGUGGACCACUUGGCUUUGGAUGAAAUCAAGAAGCGUGGGAUCCGAGUUGGCUACACCCCAGAUGUCCUGACAGAUGCCACCGCGGAACUUGCAGUCUCCCUGCUACUUACCACCUGCCGCCGGUUGCCGGAGGCCAUCGAGGAAGUGAAGAAUGGUGGCUGGACCUCGUGGAAGCCCCUCUGGCUGUGUGGCUAUGGACUCACGCAGAGCACUGUCGGCAUCGUCGGGCUGGGGCGCAUAGGCCAGGCCAUUGCUCGGCGUCUGAAACCAUUUGGUGUCCAGAGAUUUCUAUACACAGGGCGCCAGCCCAGGCCUGAGGAAGCAGCAGAAUUCCAGGCAGAGUUUGUGUCUACCCCUGAGCUGGCUGCCCAGUCUGAUUUCAUCGUUGUGGCCUGCUCCUUAACGCCUGCAACCAAGGGACUCUGCAACAAGGACUUCUUCCAGAAGAUGAAGGAAACAGCUGUGUUCGUCAACAUCAGCAGGGGCGACGUUGUAAACCAGGACGACCUGUACCAGGCCUUGGCCAGUGGUCAGAUCGCAGCUGCUGGACUGGAUGUGACGACCCCAGAACCACUGCCUACAAACCACCCUCUCCUGACCCUGAAGAACUGUGAUUCCUUCACUUGUCCCUCACCAAGGACGGGACAAGCAGAACCCAGUUGUGACCAUGGCACUUGAAUCUGAUACCUAGACCAUCAGGAAAAUUAAAGAGCCCUUCCAGAAAAGGAGUUAACUGGAAGAAAUGAGAACUAGGUAAGGAUGUUUAACACUCUUAUUUUGGUCAAGAACAAUUAGCGGUAGGUGGAUUUAAUUUUAAAAUCAGUUUCAGCACCUACACAUGGUUCCCUUUGCCCACUCUGUCCCCCCAGCCCCUCCCUGCCCCCAGGUGGAUGGCUUUUUUUAAAAUCACCACCUUACCCACUCCUCUCCAAGGUCAGGCCACAGCACUGCCAUUGCCAAAGCCCUGCUCUGUGCUCAAGGAAUCAGCUUCCAGAACUGGCAGAUGGAGUUUCCAACUUGAGAGGCAGGUCCAGGGAGAGCAACUGGGUAGACUGAAAGCAAAAUCUCAUGCAUGUGCAUAGCUCAAAGACAGAAAAGGAAGGCGGGGGAAGGCAGAAGGGAAUGAUUUGAGGGGAAUGACCAGUUAACUUACUAGGUUUGGUUUAAAACAAAGUACUAGUCAAAGAAGGGGUGGCAAAAAGAUAUUACCCUCUUUUGUUUCAACCUUAAUAACCUAAAGAAAAAUAACACAUAUUUAGAGGCAU